UCCUCUCCUUCUAUAAAUACUCAAAUCACUUCCGAAACAUCUCCUUUUGCCAUAACCCUAAUCAUCGGGUGUAACAACGCUGCUCCGAACUAACUGAAAGAAAACCCUAGAUCUAAACCACACUCUUCUUCUUCAUCAGAUCGUUUCACAUCAAGCUUUUGAGGAUGGUGUCUGACGCUAGCAAAAAGAAGGCCGCACAGAAGAAGGCGGCGGCAGCAGCGAAGAGAGGUGGGAAGUCAGCAGCCGCGGCUGCUUCAUCUAAAGCAGCAGCUACGGCGGCGGCCGAUGAUGCCAGUGUUGAUAAGUUGUCGAAUGGGGUUGGGACUAUUCAGAUAUCGGAUCGGACUUGUACUGGUGUGCUUUGUUCGCAUCCUCUUUCCAGAGAUAUUCGGAUCGAGUCUUUAUCAGUUACUUUCCACGGACAUGAUCUCAUUGUUGAUUCUUUGCUUGAGCUCAAUUAUGGCAGACGAUAUGGAUUGCUGGGAUUAAAUGGAUGUGGGAAAUCAACCCUGUUAACUGCAAUUGGUUGCCGUGAGCUCCCAAUUCCAGAACACAUGGAUAUAUAUCACCUCAGCAGAGAAAUUGAAGCUUCUGACAUGUCUGCACUUGAGGCUGUCAUUAGCUGUGAUGAGGAGAGGUUGAAAUUAGAGAAGGAAGCUGAGAUAUUAGCAGCACAGGAUGAUGGUGGUGGAGAGGCCCUUGAACGUGUCUAUGAACGUUUGGAGGCUAUGGAUGCUUCUACUGCAGAAAAACGGGCUGCUGAGAUCUUAUUUGGUCUUGGUUUUAACAAGCAGAUGCAAGCAAAGAAAACUCGAGAUUUUUCUGGUGGGUGGAGGAUGAGGAUUGCAUUAGCUCGGGCUCUGUUCAUGAACCCUACUAUCCUUUUGCUUGAUGAACCUACCAAUCAUCUUGAUUUGGAAGCUUGUGUCUGGUUGGAGGAAACUUUGAAGAAAUUUGACCGCAUCCUAGUUGUGGUGUCUCAUUCCCAGGAUUUCUUGAAUGGUGUCUGUACCAACAUUAUACACAUGCAAAACAAGAAAUUGAAGAUCUACACUGGGAACUACGACCAAUAUGUUCAGACCCGUUCUGAACUGGAGGAGAAUCAGAUGAAGCAGUACAAGUGGGAGCAGGAGCAGAUUGCUUCAAUGAAGGAGUACAUUGCCAGAUUUGGACAUGGAUCAGCAAAAUUAGCUCGUCAAGCGCAAAGCAAAGAGAAAACGCUUGCAAAAAUGGAGCGUGGUGGUCUUACAGAGAGGGUGGUCAGAGACAAGGUUCUGGUCUUCCGUUUUGUUGAUGUUGGGAAGCUUCCACCUCCAGUCCUUCAAUUUGUGGAAGUUACAUUUGGUUAUACUCCUGAGAAUCUUAUUUACAAGAACCUGGACUUUGGGGUAGACCUGGACUCCAGGAUUGCUCUUGUUGGGCCCAAUGGUGCUGGGAAAAGUACGCUGCUGAAGCUUAUGACAGGGGAUUUGGCUCCUCUUGAUGGCAUGGUUCGGCGGCACAAUCACUUGAGGAUUGCACAAUUUCAUCAACACUUGGCUGAAAAGCUUGACUUAGACAUGUCUGCUCUACAAUAUAUGAUCAAGGAAUAUCCGGGGAAUGAGGAAGAAAAAAUGAGAGCAGCAAUUGGGAAGUUUGGGCUGACUGGCAAAGCCCAGGUGAUGCCCAUGAAGAAUCUCUCAGAUGGGCAGAGGAGCAGGGUGAUAUUUGCUUGGUUAGCUUACAGGCAACCCCAAUUGCUGCUGUUAGAUGAGCCAACUAACCAUUUAGAUAUUGAGACUAUUGACUCUCUUGCUGAAGCAUUGAAUGAAUGGGAUGGUGGUUUGGUUCUUGUUAGCCAUGACUUCAGGCUUAUAAACCAGGUAGCAGAAGAGAUAUGGGUUUGUGAAAAUCAAGCCGUUACCCGAUGGGAGGGUGAUAUUAUGGACUUCAAAGAGCACCUCAAGAGAAAGGCUGGCUUAUCUGAUUGAGUCGGAUUAUAUUAAUAGAAGUGAAGAAUAUGAUCCUACUAUCAUCAUGCCCUAAUCUAUCGUUGAGAAUCACAGCACACACAGGUUAUGGUUGUGGAUCACAACAUGGGCAGGUGAGUGCCGCCUAAGGAUGGUGUUUGACCAAGGUGAAUUACGGUGAAAGUUAAGCUAGAGAGCAGAGAGGUAACAAAAGGCUUGGUUAUUGUUUUGAGCUGAAAUGUGCCUUUCCUGUGCUUAGUGACCAGGUGAUUAUUUUUGUUUUUGAUUAUUAUAUUUGCACUUGGUUGUGCAAGAGAAGGAUGAUUAAGAAUAUUUCUAAGAGGUUUAGGUUAUACUUAUGCAGACCUCUUAUAUGUGCUUUGUUAUAUUUGAGAAUAUUGUUGUACUUGAGGACUUCGGUGGUAACCUAAAUUUUAUGUUUUAGGUUUGGUUCUUAAUGUGGUAUUUCUGAUUCUCA